AUGUCAAAUUUAGGAAGCUCUUCAUGGGAAGAGUUACGGAAACAGGCGCGCCAGCUUGAAAAUGAUAUAGACCUUAAGUUAGUGGCCUUUAGCAAACUAGGAGUGAGUUCGGGAUCCUCGAGUUUGAGUUCAGAAAGUAUGCCAUUAAUAAACACUGAUGAUAUGUUUGAUACCUUAUCUAUGGAACUGCAACAGUUACUUAAUAAGUUAUUGGCAAUUAAUGACAAAAUGGCAGACAUAGCCCCAAGCGGAGCAGCAACCAUGCACACAUUGAAGAGACAUAGAGAAAUUCUCAUGGAUUAUCAACAAGAGUUUUCUAAGACUUCAGCACGGGUCAAUGCUAGGAGAGAACGUGAGGAAUUACUUCGUGGAGGCAGUCCACCUCCUAGUUCUUCAGCUGGUCUUAGCAGAAGAGAUCAAUAUACAAAGGAAGCAAACCACUUGCAUAGUUCGCACAUAUUAGUAGAUGAACAGUUAAACAUAGCUAUGGAAGCUAGAGAGCAUCUAACAUCUCAACGACAAGUAUUCAAAAGGAUGCAGACUAGGUUCAAUGACAUUACUAAUAGAUUUCCAAUGUUAAACAGUCUGAUGUUCAGGAUAAAUGCCAGGAAACGAAGAGACUCACUCAUCAUAGGUGGAGUUGUUGGUAUUUGCACAUUUUUGUUACUGCUAUAUGCAUUCCAUUAA